AUUAAGUUCACGCUAACUAAUUCCAAAGAAUAGGUAAUAAGGCGAUAAUAGGUGAUAAAAAUUAUAAAUAAACAAAGGAAUCAAAUCACUUGCUCAUAUAAUUCCGCUAACAGUAGGAGGGAUAUUCGACAGUACUCACCUUCAAGUUAAACUGAUGUCGGUCCUCCAGGUUGCUUGGUUCGUUUUGAUUGUCGCAGUCAGCUACGCUCAGGACAGUUACAGAGCAAAUCCCUCUCAACGAGAUAUAAAUUUGAGAACUAAACACAUUUAUGCCAAUGCGUUAAAUAAAAUAUGUAAAAGGUAUUGCCACAAACGUGCGGAAAAAACGAAUGAAAAGUUCGGUCAAGACAAAACUAGACCCCACUACAGAAAAUAUAAUAGUGAGGAUUUCAAUGAUGACUAUCCCUUAGAAGAAAUCGUACCAGACCAGGAAAUUGGUGACUUAAGCAUCAGUGAAGAAACCGAAGGAUUUUAGUAUUAUAGUUAUAAAUCAUAAUGGUGUGAAAAAUAUUGAAAAUUUGUACUGAGGAAUAUUUGUUACUCUAAUAUACAUUCAUAAUUCUCAACAGCUUUCAUUGUAGCCAACGGCUGCUUUUUUGCUUCGAAACCUUAUUUUCUAUAAUUAUAAUUAUUAAUACAAUAUUACCCAUUGAAAAAGAAAUAAG